AUGGUCUGGGGUUGCUUCGUGGCGCUGCUGCUGGCAGCCACCCUGGGGCUGGGUCAGCGGCCUCGCCCUGAGCCUGGUGUCCGGGGCCUGCGGCACAGCUCUGACUGCGGAGCCAAGGGCAUGCAGUUGCUGGUGUUUCCCCGGCCAGGCCAGACUGUCCGCUUCAAGGUCAUAGAUGAAUUUGGGAACCAGUUUGAGGUCAACAACUGCUCUGUCUGCUACCACUGGGUGGCCACCAAGCCCCUGGGCCCCGCCGUCUUCUACGCGGAGUACGGAGGCUGCCAUGUGCAGGAGAAGGAUGGGCAUUUCCUCCUGAGGGUGUUCGUAGAAGCCGUGCUGCCCGACGGUCGAGUUGACGUGGCCCGAGAAGUCACUCUGAUCUGUCCGAAGCCCGGCCACACCUGGACUCCGGACUCCCAGCUGGCCCUUCCUCUCCCUCCUACCCGGCCCCUCUACCCCACCCCGGAGGGCAGCUGGGGCCAUCUGACCCCUGCCUCGAUGCCCCUUGGACCUGGAACCACCCGUCCCACCCUGACUCCGCCCCAGUGGGGCAUCUUGGAACCCUGGGGGGUUGACGAGUCCCUUUACCCAGGUGCACCCCUGGCCCCGGAGCAGUGCCAGGUGCCCUCUGGGCACAUUCCCUGUGUGGUGAGAAGAGGCUCCAAGGAAGCCUGUCAGGAGGCUGGCUGCUGCUAUGACAACAGCAGAGAGGUUCCCUGUUACUAUGGCAACACAGCAACUGUCCAGUGCUUCAGAGAUGGCCAUUUCGCCCUGGUGGUGUCCCAAGAAACGGCCUUGGCACACGGGAUCACGCUGGCCAAUAUCCACGUGGCCUCUGCCCCUGCCAGCUGCCCCCCCACCCAGGACACAGGGUCCUUCGUGGUCUUCCAAUUCCCUCUGACCCACUGUGGGACCACCCUCCAGGUGGUGGGCAACCGGCUCCUCUAUGAGAACCAGCUGGUGUCAGACCUCGACGUCUGCACGGGGCCACAGGGCUCCAUCACGCAGGACGGCGCCUUCCGGCUGCACGUGCGCUGCACCUUCAAUGCCAGUGACUUCCUGCCUCUUCAGGCAUCCAUCUUCCUGCCCCCUUCACCAGCCCCUGUGACCGGGUCUGGCCCCCUGCGGCUCCAGCUACGGAUCGCCAAGGAUGAGACUUUCCACUCCUACUACGAGGAAGCGGACUACCCCAUCGUGAGGCUGCUUCGUGAGCCCGUGUCUGUGGAGGUCCGGUUCCUGGACAGGACAGACCCUGGCCUGGUCCUGCUGCUGCACCAGUGCUGGGCCACUCCCGGUGCCAGCCCUUUCCAGCAGCCUCAGUGGCUCAUCCUGUCAGACGGGUGUCCUUUCGAUGGUGACAGCUAUAGGACCCGACUGGUAGCUUCAGACGGGGCAGGGCUGCCCUUUCCAUCACACCACCAGCGCUUCACUGUCUCCACCUUCGCCCUCCUGGACCUUGGCUCCCAGAGGUCCCUCAGGGGACAGGUUUACCUCUUCUGCAGUGCCUCUGCCUGCUCCCCGUCGGGGCUGGAGACGUGUUCCUCCACGUGCAGCUCUGGGCCUGCUAGACAGCGACGAUCCUAUGCUCCGCACCGCGAUGCUGCCGGGCCACAGAACCUCGUGAGCUCUCCAGGGCCGGUGGAUUUUGAGGGUUCCUCCAGGCGGGAGCGUCCGCUGGGGCCCACAGGCUCCCCCAGGAACGCCAACCAGAAGCCUCUCUUCUGGGUGGUCCUGCUGCUGGUGGCUGUGGCCCUGGUCCUUGGGGUUGGGGUUUUUCUGGGCCUGAGCCAAGCCCAAAGCUCCAGGAAGUCAACAGAGGGUGACCAGGCCCAAUAA